ACCAAAAUUCGCGACAAUCACCAUUUCUGUUUUGACUUCAUAUCUGGCAAAAAAAAAAAAAAAAAAUUGUGGCGGUGUUCAAACCAUAUAGAGAGUUGAACUUGAAUUGAGCUUAGCUCCUCCACAAUUUCACAUACGAAUUUCUUCAUAAUCAUGAUUCAUUCAACUACGAAAUCAUCAAAAGAGAAAGAAAACGAUCGCGGCAUCAGUUCGCACGUCCUCACCCUCCAUCGCCGUCUUCUCCACGCCUUAAACCUGGGAACCAGAUACUUUGAUGACAAGACAAAUAGAUGGAAGUGGCAGUGUGUUAACAUUGAAGUGCAGAAAAAUGUACUCCGGUCAAUUUCUGCGUUUCUUGAUUCUAUUGCAGGUGAUGCACGUGUCAUACGGCAUUCCAUCGUUAAGGAAUCUGCUGCUGAUAUUUUGGGAGCAUUGUUAUGGAUUCUUCAAUGCAAAAGUGAGCCCUUGUUAAGCAUGGCAUCAAAUGUGGCUGUGAAGUUAGUUAGUGUUUUACCGAGCCAACAGUUGCAAUUGCGAUUGUUGGAUCUUGUCUAUUGUCUAUCAUCCUUGCUAUCUUCACAUCAAGUAGAAGUUGCAAUACCUUCUGCUACUGCUUUGAAUUUGGUAAUCUCAAAUCUGAGUGCUACGAGUGAGAAGGCUGUUAUUGAAGCACUGAAAGAAACAGAGGUUUCCGUUUGUAUUGUUCAAAAUAUUAAAGACUGUGAUGGGAAGAAAGUUGAAUAUUUUCUGGAGAUGGCUUCACUUUUGAGUACAGUACUGUUGAGGUGGUCUUCAUCUAGGUUCCCUGUUUGUAAUGAUGUUGAACUUAUGAAAGUUUUAGCAAACAUGCAUAUAAAGACAGAUAGUUCCAUUAAACUUGUUCUUCUAAAGCUGUACACAUCUUUAGCUUUAUGUGAUUCUGUAGUGCAAAAACUCAUCGAGGGUGGAAAAGUAUUUCUACAAAUGAUUGUGCAGGCGAUGGGAAAAUCAAACCCUCAUGAUGUUCGGAUAGAGGGGUUUCGGCUUGCUCAAUGUCUAUUGAGAUCCCAAGAAAAUUGUUUAAAAGUGAUGGAUUUGUGUGGUGAAGCCCUUGUUGAUGCCAUAAUUUGUGGGAUGAGAGAGACAGGUCCGUCUUCCAAAAAAAUUGAGAACAACUAUGGUUCUGUAUUAGUGGAAGCAUGUAAGCUGGCUCUAAUUACUCGUUGGGCUGGCGAUCAUCAUAUCAGGUUUUGGAAACAAGGAAUUGAUAAAGUCCUCCUUAGUCUUCUGAUUGAAAAUAUUCACGAUCAAUCAACUGAACUUGUGUUGUCAUUGGAAAAACAAAUAUCCAUGGUGAAAGAGGGACUGAAAGUCAAUUAUCACGUUGCUGUGAGGAGUUACGUGUGGAACAUUCUUGGGUGGCUUGUAAUUCAUUGUUCAGAAAAUUCAAACCCUUACAGUUAUACCCAUGAGAGUGAACUCCACAUCAACUUACUUAUUAUGUGUGCAUGCUUCACUUUUGUGGAUGCAAUUCAAAAAUGGUGCCGGAUAUGUCAAAAUGACGUUGAUGAUAAUUUUCAAAGUGAACCAGUAUCAAGGGCUGUUCUAAUGAUGAUUUAUUCUCCAUGUAAUUAUAUUUCUUCACAUGCUAGAUUUGUAUUAUCUGAUAUACUAAAGGUCAAAGGCGAUCCAUGCUUGAAAAAUUCACUACAUACCAUAGAUUAUUUAUCAUCUUUGAAAAGCUAUAGUUCAUUUGAUAAACUUCAACUUAUUAUUAACUUAAUUGGGUUAACUUGUCUUACAAGUUUACCACAGUAUCAAAGAUGUAUCAUAGAAAGCAGAGGGAUAAAGGCUGUUGUUCUUCUUGUCCAACGAUGCUUAAGUAAUGAUGUUCAUAUGGAAAGGUCUGAAGUUGCUCCUCAUUUGCAUACUGUAUUCCAUAAAAGGUCUUGUUGCUGGACUGGUAAAGGAGGCUGGGAAGGUUCCAAUAUCCUUUUAUUUUAUGGUCUGUGGGGCAUAGCUGAAUUUCUUCAUCAGUGUUGCCUUUUACCAGACAAUCCUCAGCAAUUUACUAGAGAGGUGACAAACAUUAACACUGAAUUAGUUAACAAACUUCAUGAUAUCUGUAGUAGCACCUCUUUCAGUCCUGGAGUGAAAUGGUAUGUUUCUUAUAUUCUAAGUUAUUUUGGAUUUUAUGGUUUCCCAAAUGAAUUUUCCAAAAGGAUCGGGAAAUCUCUUAAUAAGGAAGAAUAUGCAGAUUUGCGACUCAUUGUAGCAAAUGGGGAUUCUGUGAGUGUUCAUGGUGUUAUUCUUGCUGUUCGAUGUCCAUCACUUCUACCUUCUCAAGUGUUAUCUAGUAGUAAGAGUUCUAAAGAAAUAACAGAUUGUUUUGUUAGAGAGACCGUGAGAGAAGUUCGCUAUUCUUCUCAUGUUGAUUAUGAAGCGUUGUUGUUAUUGUUGGAAUAUGUGUAUUUGGGACACUUGCAUGCAGCAGAAGAAGAAACUGUAAAGAAGCUCAAAGUUCUUGCUAAGCGUUGCAAUCUACAACCUCUCUUGCAACUGCUUUGUAGACAAUCUCCAAAGUGGGACGCACCUUUCCCCAUCUUUAAUCUUACUUCAUCUCCUGAUUCAGCUGGAAGUUAUUUUUUUGAUGUCAUAAUGGAAGCUAAAUCGAAUGAGUUUGUUGGAUGUACAUGUAAUUUAUGUCCUCACCCAGUACGGCAUUUGCAUGCUCACAAAGUUAUAUUGCAGUCUGGCUGUGACUAUUUACAGGGUUUGUUCAGAUCAGGAAUGCAAGAGAGUCAUUCACAAGUCAUAAAGGUUGAUAUUAGCUGGGAAGCAUUGGUUAAACUAGUACAUUGGUUUUACUCUGAUGAGCUGCCGAAUCCUCCUUCUGGUUGUUUGUGGGUUAACAUGGAUGAUCAAGAAAAGCUAUUCCAUUUGCAGCAAUAUGUGGAGCUUUGUUGGCUUGGUGAGUUCUGGAUUUUGGAAAGUAUUCAGGAAGCCUGCUGGAAUGCGAUUAUGUCUUGUCUUGGUUCUUCUAAGCAGUUGUCCAUUAAAAUAAUUAAAAUGGCUUAUAACCUCUCUUUGUGGAAGUUGGUUGACAUUGCCGCAAACCUCAUGGCUCCUUCAUAUAGGCAAUUACGGGAUUCUGGUGAACUUGAAGAAUUUGAUGAAGCACUAGUUCACUUCAUUUAUUCUGCUUCUAUUGAACUUAACCAUGAAGGUGAAAAACGCUUUAGGUGAUGUAAUACCCUUCAAGAUGAAGCACAGUGCAGGAGAUUCAGGAGAAGUGAUAGGCCUAUGAAGUUUGUGUAUAGAAGGAGGGGUAAAAAAGGGAAUGAGGAGCUGGUGGGGACAGAGAGAAUAACUAACUGCACACGUGGCAGUCAAGGAGUGGAUGGAAGCGUGGGAAUGAGGGAAGGAGAGUUGUUUAAAGGAGGAGGUCACGCAUGAUGCAAGGGGGGAUUGGAUUGGAGUGGUAGCAGGACUGGGAGUGAGAACCUUCCUCACACCAGUAGUGGUAUUUCAUCUUGGGAGUAUUGUUUUCAUAUUUCUUGUAAUUGUCCUUACUGCAAUGAGUGAUUACUCCAUCCAUUGUCUUAAUAUUCUAUAGCUAUUGUAAGAAGUUGAUACUCAACAUUCUGAUAUAUAUAACAGUACUUCAAUCUAAGAGUCUAUUAAGAAGAAACACCAGCUCUUGUUACAGGUUCCUCUCUUCCUCUCUACUUACAAUUUUAUUGAUGUAGAUGACAGAGUGUCUAUUUGCUUUUUUUCUUAUGCCCUCUUAUUUUUCCCAAGAUUAUAAUUGGUAUAACAGGAUCUUAGUCUUAAAUACUCCUUCUAGUCUCAAAUACAAACAAAAAAAGUAUUCAUAUUUGGUAGUCUUAAACUUUACUACUUUUACUUUUUUUGAAUGAUGCAUUCCUAAAAUACCUCUCAUUUAAUGGAAAUUCACCUUUUUUGAGAUUAAGAAAACUAACUGCACUUGAAUAAAAGAUAACUUCAAAAUCCGGUUUUGUGAGGUUAUGUCAGACUUUUAAUCCAAAUUCUAAGAGAUAUGUUAUUUGUAUAUGAAAUGCUUCUCUAUUAUUAUUCAAAA